AUGGAAGAGAAAGUGGGUCUUUUAGCGCUCCGCGAGAGGAAGCGCAAUCGACAAGAAGCCGGUUCACAGCAUGUUGACUUCCAACAGCCACUCCAUCUUGACAUGCGGCUGAUGGAAAGCAUCCUUUUCGAGGUAUUACGGAACUAUGUGCCGCCGGAUGUAUACAACAAAAUCUACGAAAUCGUCCGACGUGGUAAUUCUGACGACAUCAACUGGGCAAGAGAAAAGCUACGUGAACUAGAUGUAGAAUACUGGCCUCAGCUAGCUAGAACACUACGAAUCAUAUGUGCUAUAGGCAACUCGGCUGACAAAGUGCAGAAGAAAAGACGGAGAGAUGCAUAUGAAAGAGCUUUGAAAGAUGAUACAGACUUCCAGGGAACUGUAUAUACGUUACGCUGGUGCAUUGGGCACUUUAAGAAAAAUCAUAUGCCACUACAAGAACUCUAUGAACAUAUCACAAAUAUGCACAUAGACUUUGUUUUAACAGCACACCCAACCGAAACACACAGACUCACAAGCCUCGUGAACCACAAAAAGUUAUGCGAACUUAUCCUCGAAUUCGACGGAGAAAUAUGCACGCCAUUCGAAGAAACAACGUUAUUCAAGGAACUUGAACGACAUAUUGCAGCCAUGUGGCACACCGACCAAAUUAGACGACAGAAACCCACACUCUUCGACGAGGUUGUCUCUAUUGCGCAUCGUGUAAAAAGCACUAUUUUCAAGAGUGUGCCCAAGUUCUACAGAUACCUAGACGCGCUAUUCGAGGAACAUGGGCUACCAACACUGCCGCUAGAUACAAAAUUGUUCACAUUCUCAUCAUGGGCAGGAGGUGAUCGUGAUGGAAACCCCUUUGUGACACCUGAUAUGACCAGGAAAACAGUAUGCUACAACAAAAUACAUGCCUGCGAUCUUUACCUUGAAAUGCUCGAUCAACUCGCCGAAGAGUUGCCAGUAAAAGAUGCUACCGAAGAUUUCAAGAAGUACGUUGCUGAAUUGGAGGGUGAAAGAGCAACCGUACUUGGCAGGACCAGAACCAAAGAUGGUAUAAUAACAUAUUUCACCGAUGAGUUCACGUUUAUGAUACCUGAUGCACAGCCGGAUGAGGUAUAUAGAACCUUGUUCAGGCAUGUUGGGACGAGACUGAAAAUCACAAGGUAUUUGGCUCGCAAACAGCUAGCGGAUGAAAAAAGUGACAUUAGUGAAGAAGUUAGAUGUUUCGCUUACAAAUCUGGGAAAGAGAUUCGGGAACCAUUAGAAAGGUGCUAUAAGUCACUUUGUGACGUUGGAUGCGAAAUUCUCGCUAAUGCUACAUUAAAGGCACUUAUCAGGUGUUUAGAUACAUUCGGUCUCUACCUACUCAAACUGGAUGUCAGACAAGAAAAUGCUAAACACAGCGCAGCAGCAGACUUUAUAUUUGGGAAACUUGCAUUAACGGAGAAGCCUUACACCAAAAUGGAGGAGAGUGAAAGGGUCGCUUUAUUAUCAAAGUUACUUGCGCAGCAAGGGACAUUUAACAUCACAGCAGGCAUGCUUGAGGAGGCUCCGGAUGAUGUUGUAAACGUCAUACAGACCUUCAGAGUAGUGGGAGAACUGGGCACCGAUGUCAUAAAUGCCUACAUCAUAUCAAUGUGCAACUGUGCAUCAGAUAUCCUGCUAGUUGAACUUUUGCUGGAGAAGGUUGCUGCCGUCGAAAGCGACGGUGUCUCACACAGCGUCAAGGUUGUACCUUUGCUGGAAACCAUAGCCUCGCUACGCGCUUCAAGCAGCAUAAUGGAACAUCUAUUUAGCGAUUCGUGGUAUCGUGAACACAUAAAAAAGCACCAUAACAACACGCAACAAGUAAUGAUUGGAUACUCUGACUCAGGGAAAGAUGGUGGUCGUCUCGCAGCAACUUGGGAACUCUACAAGGCUCAACAAAUGCUUUAUGUGGUAGCUGAGAAAAAUGGUAUCAAAAUACACCAUUUUCACGGCAGGGGUGGUUCGAUAUCAAGAGGAGGGGGUCCUCUGCAUCACGCCAUUAUGUCACAACCAAGGGGUACACUGAACAACUACCUCAGGCUCACUGUACAAGGAGAAACUAUCGGUUAUAUGUUUGCGUUACAGCACGAUUGCCUCAGGACUAUGGAAUACUAUCUCACUUCUUGCGUCCAGUUCAAUGUGAACGCAGAUAAAAUUGCUGUCAAACCCGAAUGGGUACAACUUUGGGACGAAAUGGCCGAAAUAUCAUACAAUGCCUACAGAAAAAUAGUAGGGGAUGCAGUAGGGUUCGCAGAUUAUUUUGUAUCUCUAACACCAGUGCGAGAAAUGGGACUCAUGAAUAUAGGUUCGCGACCAUCCAAACGCACAAAGGAUGGAGGUAUCGAGAAGAUACGGGCAAUUCCUUGGGUAUUCGCGUGGACACAGGUCCAAUUGAACAUGCCUAUCUGGCUCGGACUUGCUGAUGGGUUGCAGCACGCCAUGCAUACUGGACGCAUGGAACUGCUAAAGGAUAUGUACCAAAGUUGGCCUUUCUGUAGCAGCUUCCUACAUCUAGUUAGCAUGGUAUUGCUCAAGACAAAUGCUACAGUUACGGAGGAGUACGAGCGUGCUCUUGUUCCUGAAGAAUUAAGACAUCUGGGCGAAAUACUAAGAUGCGAUCUUACGCGUGCUAUCAAGCUCAUCAAACUUAUCACCGGAGAACGUGAAUUCUGCGAUCACGAUCUUGUAGUGAGGCGUGGAUUCAGAUGUAACGCACGAUUGCUAGGGCCAUGUGCGGCACUGCAAAUUGAGGCUCUCACCGGGUACAGAAGGGAUCCCAACGAUACACGCUACCACGAUACACUUGUCAUAAGCAUGAAGGCUAUUGCGGCCAUCAUGCAACACACCGGGUAG